UACAUUUUUCUAUAGAAAACAUUUUUGCGUGCGCUACACAGAAAAUCGCAUAUUUUCAAUAGUUUUUCACAUUAUACCGAAAAUAAAUUAUAAAUUGCAGAUAUAUUAAAAUUUGCAAGCUAUUUAAAAGGUUUUUGGCGUGAACAGUAAAAUAUCUAUCCAGUUAGAUUGGUGGCAAGCUGCAGAAGCAUAAUCCGGCGCCAGUGAAAGGAAAAUAAACCAUGGCCGGCGACAGGAAGCGUCGCUCACGGUCGCGGGAGAGGAUCGACUUGGAUCGGGACCGAGGUGGAGGCGGCAGGGAUCGUUACCGGGAACGCGAAUACGAACGGGACAGAGAACGGGAGAGGUACCAGGACCGGGAACGCGAACGAGAUAUCCGGGAAAGGGAGCGGGAGCGCGAAAGGGAACGAGAACGGGAUCGGGCGCUGGAUAAGGCCAUUGCUAGGAAGAGAUCCCGUUCCCGAGAGAGGGAUCGUGACGAAAAGAAGCGGAAGGAUGAGAAGGACAAAAAGGACGACGACGUUGAGGAGGUGAAGGUUGAAGUGCCGAAAAAGGAGGAAAAGGCUAAGAAGGAACCGCUUUCGCUGGAGGAAUUGUUGGCGAAAAAGAAAGCGGAAGAGGAAGCCAGAAGUAAGCCGGUUUUCAUAACGAAGGAGCAAAGAGCAGCCGAAGCACUGAAGAGGAGGCAGGAAGAAGUAGCCGCAAUGCGAGCAGGGGCUUCGGUUGGAGUUCCCAAGUUCGGAGAUGUUCCGGUGACGACUUUGUUAAACAGGGAGAAGAAGGAUCCACUGGAAAAGUAUGACAGAAGAGAAAGGGAACGUGAACGUGAACGGGAAAGAGCAAGAGAUCGGGAAAGGGAGAGAGACGGGAAGGAGAAAGAUCGAGAUGAUGAUAAAAGACGUUCCACGACGGAAGACACAACAGUUAAGGACAAGGAAAAAGAGCAGGAAGCGAUUCGAGAACGUUAUCUGGGAAUCGUGAAGAAGAAAAGACGAGUCAGGAGACUGAAUGAUAGGAAGUUUGUCUUUGACUGGGAUGCUGCUGAGGACACUUCAAUAGAUUACAACAACCUGUAUAAGGAACGGCAUCACGUCCAGUUCUUCGGACGAGGAAAUAUUGCUGGAAUUGAUAUAAAAGAUCAGAAGCGUAAGCAAAGUAAAUUUUAUGGAGAUCUUUUGGAAAAACGUCGAACGGAUGCAGAGAAGGAACAGGAGAAAGUUCGUCUGAAGAAGGUCAAAAAGAAGGAAGACAAACAAAAGUGGGAUGAUCGUCAUUGGUCUGAAAAGGAUUGCGAUGAGAUGACUGAGCGUGAUUGGCGUAUCUUCAGAGAAGACUACAACAUUACAAUCAAAGGCGGUAAGAUUCCAAAUCCCUUCAGAAGUUGGAGUGAAACCGGAUUUCCAAAAGAAAUCCUGGACAUUAUCGAUAAAGUUGGUUAUAAAGAGCCCACUCCUAUUCAGAGACAAGCCAUCCCAAUUGGUCUUCAGAACCGGGAUAUUAUUGGUAUUGCUGAAACUGGUUCUGGUAAAACUCUGGCCUUCUUGAUUCCUCUCCUGACAUGGAUCCAAUCGCUUCCAAAGAUCGAUCGUUUGGAAACAGCUGACCAAGGCCCGUAUGCCAUCAUUUUGGCCCCAACUCGAGAAUUGGCUCAACAGAUCGAAGAAGAAACGCAAAAGUUCGGUCAACCAUUAGGCAUCCGUACGGUUGUCGUUGUCGGAGGUUUGUCUCGAGAAGAACAGGGUUUCCGGCUUCGACUUGGUUGUGAAAUCGUUAUUGCCACUCCCGGUCGUUUGAUUGACGUUUUGGAGAAUCGUUAUCUGGUGUUGAAUCAGUGUACUUACAUCGUUUUGGAUGAAGCCGAUCGUAUGAUUGACAUGGGUUUUGAACCAGAUGUGCAGAAGAUCCUUGAAUACAUGCCCGUCACCAAUCUCAAACCAGACACCGAAGAAGCUGAAGAUGCCUCCAAACUGAUGGAGAACUUCAACACCAAGAAAAAGUAUCGUCAAACUGUCAUGUUCACAGCCACUAUGCCUCCAGCAGUAGAAAGACUCGCCCGAACCUAUCUCCGGCGUCCGGCUACGGUCUACAUUGGUUCCGUAGGAAAACCCACAGAAAGAACCGAACAGAUCGUGCACAUCAUGACCGAAAACGAGAAACGCAAGAAGCUCAUGGAAAUUCUUUCUCGUGGAGUCGAACCUCCCUGCAUUAUCUUCGUCAACCAGAAGAAGGGAGCGGAUGUAUUGGCCAAGGGACUCGAGAAGCUUGGCUACAACGCUUGUACGCUUCACGGUGGCAAAGGUCAGGAACAGCGAGAGUACGCCCUGGCAUCGCUCAAGAACGGUUCCAAGGACAUCCUGGUGGCCACAGACGUGGCAGGUCGUGGUAUCGAUAUCAAGGACGUGUCCCUUGUCAUCAACUACGAUAUGGCCAAAACCAUCGAGGAUUACACGCAUCGUAUCGGUCGAACUGGUCGUGCUGGAAAGACGGGUUGCGCCAUUUCGUUCUGCACCAAGGACGACAGCCAUCUGUUCUACGAUCUGAAGCAAAUCGUCGUAGCCAGUCCCGUGUCGGUUUGUCCGCCAGAGUUGAUGAACCAUCCGGAUGCUCAACACAAGCCGGGCACUGUCGUCACGAAGAAGCGACGGGAGGAGAAGAUUUUCGCUUAAACGUAAGUCGAAUUCUUAGUAAUGUUUCCAUUUAUGCUUGUAAUAUUAUGAUUGUCCGAACUGUA